AUGAGAACUAUGUUCAAUAAUUUUACUGAUUCACAAAACCAAAAACUUUCCUCAAUACAAAACUCUGUGACGGUUAUUAAAGAGCAAAAUGACGAAAUUGUCAAGUCGCUAGACUUUUUGAGCCAGAAGUACGACGAAAUGCGGGAAGAAAUAGACAGUCUUAGAAAAGAACAAAAGGAAAGCCGAAAUUACAUUGACACACUUGAAAGAAAAAUUGAACAAUUAGAACGGAAAUCAAAAUCAAAUGAAGUGGAAAUACGAAACAUACCAAAACCAACUGGCCUGGAAACAACUCAAGAUUUACGAAAAUCUUUACAAAACAUCUGCUCUGCGAUUGGCGUGAACAUAGGCGAUGGAGAAAUAAAGGCAUUAUACAGAAUUAAUACGAAAAUAGAAAUAAACAAGCCAAUUAUUGUUGACUUUGUUAGCAGCACAUGUAAAGAGAGACUUUUAUCUGGAUUAAAGUCGUAUAAUGCCCAGUACUCGUCCAAUAAGCUAAAUACAAAGCAUCUGCAUAUAAGUGGUCCGGAACGUCGUAUCUUCAUCUCGGAAUCACUCACCUUUAAGGCGAAGAAGCUUUUCCGCAUGGCAAGAGACUUUGCUACUGAAAAUAAAUACCAGUAUUGUUGGACAUCGCAUGGAACCGUGUACCUAAGACAAAGGGAAGGAUUAAGGGCGCUAAAAAUUACUUCUGAAGAGGACUUACCAGUACCGGAGUCGUCAUCCAAAUGA